AUGGCGUCGAUGGAUGACCUUAUCGCGACGAUGUCGGGAGUGCACGCGGGGCAACAAGGCAGGGAUCUGAAGGACUUGCACGCGAAACUACAACAGACCAUCCCCUCUCAACCCUACUACCGCCCCAUCCCACCUCCCGCCUCCUCAUCCGCCAUCCCCCCUCACUCUUCCUCUUCGGGCGGACCCCUUCCUCCCCCCGCGCCCGCAUCAUCAUGGAACACCCCAUCCGUCAUCGGGCAGAACAUCUCUGGCGGCGCGAACUCCGGUUUCGGCGCAGGCGCGGGGCAAGGGGCUGGUGUGGGUACGUCACCGCUCAGACAGGGCGGAUGGCAGGGUCAGAUCCACAGUGCUUUUGGGUCGAGUGGGAGUGGCGGGAUGGGAGGGGGAGGGAAGAGCGGGGGCAGCGCCAGCGCUGGUGGUGUACCUGGUCCCAAGCAGGUUCAGGUGCAAGGUGGGAGAUCCACGCGGAAUACUCAAGAAGGGGACGGGGCGCGGCCAUACCACAACAAUGUACUGCCAGUGCGGGCGAGCCCGAAAGAUACGGGCGGGUUCGAGCAGGAUGCGUUCAAGCCGUUAUGGCAGGGCAAGGCGGGUGGAGCUGGGCAGGGACAGGGGCAGCAGGCGAGGUAUCAGGAACAAGAGGUUUAUGGGGGUGGAGGUGGGGGUGGGGACUGGGGAGGGUUUACGGGGGAGCGAUUGUGA